AAACAACAAAAGCAGCCUCAACAGACCUAACACUUCCCAUUCCUCUUUUUCUCAAUCAAACUCCUAGGGUUCCAACAACACAAAAUGUAUCAGACAAAUUAGAUUGUGUCCGAAUAUUAAUUAAAUUGUUCGAUUUACUUGGAACCCAGUAAUAGAACAAGGGUUAUUCCACUCUCCAGAUCCAAGGUUUUAAAAGGAAGCCAUGUCUGCAGGGGUUUGUGGGAAAAGGGUGGGAUUUGAAGAACUAUUCGGAUCCUCUCCCAAGAGAUUCAGGUGUUCCAGUUCGGAUCCUGGUUUCAGACCCGAUGACCCGAUUUCAACGCUCUCUGCUUUGGAUCCUGAGUUAAGAACAUCCGUUGUCCGAAACCACAACAACAAGAAUGAAGAUUUAAGGAGAGUUCGAAUGCAUUUGAUUCUGUGAGAACUGGAAAUUGUACUGAUGAGACUGCUACAUGUAGCCAAAUCUCAGGUUACAAUGUUGAGUAUAACGGAAAUGCAGUCGAUUCUCCAAGUGGACGGAUUUGUUUGUGCAAGAGAUGUCGAGUGCGACAAAUAUAGACGAUGCUAAGGCCCGUGCUGCUAGGAUUUUAGAAGCCUUUGAGGGAAGUGUUGCCAAUAAAAGGGGUGCUGAAGAGAUUGAGCAUGCUUCUUUGAAGGAACAUUUGCGGAGUUUGUUGGAUAACAAACAAAUUCUGAGGAGAGCUGUUGCCAUUCAGCAUGAACGCAACGUUGAGCUAGGAGGAAAGGAAACAGAAGUACAACACUUGAAACUCACGCUCAACCAUUGCAUCGAACAAGCUCGAACAUUAGAGCUGAACAACUACACGAUAAGGCUUCAUCUUCAGAUGGCACAACAAAGUAGCUCAAUUAAGGGGCAAUUUCCUCCAGACAUAUACUGAAAGCUUUCGUAGUCCUGUCAGCACUUAAUGGCUAUGAUUCUACUACAGUAUAUCGGUCAUGUAAACCAACGAAUGACAUGAAGAUUUAUACAGUGUUGUACUAGUGUGUGUAGUUUGUAUAAUUCAAGCCAAAAUAUCAGUUUUUCUUAACAAGAAGCAUAACUCCUUUGCUAAAACCUAGAGUGAUGAAGAAUCUAGAAGUGAGAACUAUGAAGAUGAUCGAGUGAGCAAUUAUGUGGUGUUUACAACCUUCGU